CGAGAUUAUGUUGCAAUGACAGACAGACGCGGGGCGGGACUCGAUCACCCAAAUCCACAGAGUUGUUGCAAAAUUUACGAUCUGCAUCCUCGGAGUCUCGGACCGCUGAAAAAACACGUUUAAAAAGGGGAAGUUAUCGCUGAUAUCGUGACCAUGGAAGAUGAAGCAGCGGUUGUGGAGGAAGGCAUCAGCCCAGCUCAGAGCCCUCUGGUCGCUGUCAGUUUCCAGAGAAACGUCCAUAGGAAUAAGAAGUACCUGGAGGCUGAACCCAAAGCUCUGGGGAUCACUCAGAUUGGUCUGAGUUUGUUUCAGAUCAUCUGUGUGGGUGUGUUUCUGUCCCAAGGCUUGAGCCAUGUGGAUGCUGACAUACCUUUCUUCAUUUCAUCUAUACUGGUGAUAAUAGCUGGGAGUGUAGCUGUAGCAGCACAGAACCUCCAUCUGCCGACGCUGAGAGCUUGUUUGGGGAUGCAAUUGGUGGCCAGUGGUGCCUCACUCUUCAACAUGAUCUGUAUGCUGGUUAAAAUGGAUCACACGCCCUCUUUCUGCUGGCGUUAUUACUAUGAACAUGACCACAACACCACAGGACAUUGGGGCGAAAUCUGCUAUCAAAUUGAGAGCACCCAAUCACAGUUUCAUGCGGAGGGUAUAGUCAUUGAGGCUGCUCUGUUGGCCAUCUCCAUCACUCUGGCCGCCUACAGCUGCAAGGUGAUCAACUGCUGCUCGCCAGCUUCCAAAAUGCCGGUGAUCACUAUACAAGCGCCCCCUGUCCAACACUGAGGAGACAAAGUGGACAAGCGUGGAGGGACUACACAAAUGCUACACAAAUUUAAAGCUGCACUAAGCAAUAUUUUUUAUAUUAACAAUGGAUCAAAUGACUAUGUGUAAUGUGAAAGUUGUAGUGGAAAAACCCAAAGAGUUAAGUGUGAUUUAUGCUUCUGCUUUAAAUCUACGCCGUGGCUACGUACAUAGGUACGUAGAGACACAGACCCCACACUGGACCCUACGCCGGGUAGCAUUGCAUUUCCCCCAACUCAUUUCCUGGUUCUCCUUCUCCAUAAACAACAUGAAGUCAAGGAGAGGGUUAACUUUUCCUGCUACAGAUUUCACAUCAGAAAGCACACUAUGACUCUAAAGUCGCUACUCGCUCCAAAGCUAAUCACCGUCACUCUCUCAAUCGCUCUACCACACACUCCCCAUGCACACACACGUGCCGGCUCUGCUAUUCUCUAAAGAGAUACACCAACGCACAAGUGUAAACUUCCAGCCACUUACAUAGGCUCUGCGUGGAGCCUUUGCAGAACCAUAAAUCACGCUUUAUCAUCAACUCUGCAGUUCCCCCUCAGCUCAUUGUUUUGGUUCUCCAGACUGCAAUGUUAUUCUUAACCUCAUUAUCAGCCACUGUACACGACCUGCUCAUUGCCAAACAGCAGACAGACACAGUUAGAGACUAGCUGGUGAACACAGUGGAGCAUUUAGCGGCUAAAGUGACAGAUACCUUUCUCGGGAGGUGGUGGAGACCAAACCAGAGCUGAAAGGAGAGGGAAUAUUGGACUUCAUUCACGUAGACACAAACAUGACUGAAUGCUAAUGCUGCCCUGUGUCUGCUGGCUGUAGAAAUAUGCAAAUAUUUCCUAACAUAAGGAACUUAAUAAGGUCAUAAUACGUCAAUACGUUUUGUUAAUGGUUUGAUCCAAUGCAGCAACGUCGUAAAAAAGAAGAAAGAAAAAUCAAUGAACACAGCUAAAGAAAGACUUCAGUAAUUACAAUGUUCUUUACAUAUUACCAUAUUUUUUCAUUAGAUAUGUUUUUAUAUGUAUUCCUUCUCAUAUGUUUACUAUGUUUACUAUCAUAGUCUAUUUUGUCAAUUAAAAUGCUUCAGUAGGCACAAGGGACAAUACCUAAAAUAUGUACAGAAAGACAUUAAGCGUCUCUACAGUAUGCGACUGUAGUAGUAGAUUGGCUAAACUAUGGCCACAAGAGGCGAUUACAUGGUGAUGGAAAAUGUAAUGUGACAGUAAGUAGAGAAAAUCCAGAGGAAGAUAGUGUUAUUUCUUCUUUCAAAAGGUACACAGUCUUGCUUUAACAUCCACUUAGGAGGUUAAAUAAUACAACACAUACAAUUACAAUUGAUGCACAUUAAUGCUUUUCUGAAAAUAUUUUAUCCAGAUUGUUGAUUACUUUAUGAUGAUCACUACCUAUAUAACGCUUUCCUGUUGUUUCCUUUGUCACUGCAACUAACAACUACUGUAUGGAUAAUAAAAGCUAACAAAUGUAACCGA